AUGCCAUAUCUUAAAACAGCUGCAAAAAACCAGACACGAUCAUCAUUGUUGGAUAUCAAGUCACGGAAAUGUGGACUACGGCACACUGUGUUCUUUGUGAAUGGAAAUGAAUAUACAGGAGAGUGGAAAGACAACCAGAAGCAUGGUGAGCGGCUUCUUCCACCACAACUCCUUUGGUCACCUAGUUAUAACAUGUGAAGUACUUGCUAUGUAAUGGAUGACAUUUACACUUUUAAUGUGUCUUUUAGGAAAGGGAACUCAGGUUUGGAAGGAGUCUGGAAUGAUUUAUGAUGGAGAGUGGAAAUUCGGAAAACGUGAUGGAUAUGGUACCUACAGUGUGCUUCUCCCUCAAAGGAAGGAGUACUUGAGAAAGUACUGUGGGGAAUGGAAGAAUGGAAAGAAGCAUGUAUUGAAAUACUAUUAUUUAUAUACACUGUAACAUCAAUAAUGCCUGUUGUCUGAGCUUACAUUGCCUGUGUCAUAUAUCGCUAAUCAUUACCUUUCUCUCUAGGGGUAUGGGACAUACUUCUUCAGUCACUCAUCAGUUUAUGAGGGGGAGUGGAGUGAGGACGAACGGAGUGGCUGGGGAAGAAUGUUCUAUGAGAAUGGAGACAUCUAUGAGGGAGAGUGGAUGAAGGAUAAGAAUCAUGGAAAAGGCAUCAUUCAAUUUUGUAAGCAGACUUUGCUAUCAUACAUUUUCAGUUAAAAUGGAUUAGAAAUUGAGUGUGACAAUGUUUGUAGAUCUAACAUUUGACUUUUCUCCUUUCUUGAGUGAAUGGAAACUGGUAUGAAGGCACCUGGAAAAAUGGCUUGAAAAAUGGAAACGGGAAAUUCUAUCAUUCUGACAAAGGUCAACUUUAUGAAGGUUUUUGGGUGGAUGGGGUUGCAAAAUGUGGAACUCUGUCUGAUUUUGGAAGAGAUGACGCACCUGCACCGACAAGAUACCCAAUCCCACAGGUACAACAUUUUCCUUAUGACACAGUCACAGAUCCAUUUACAAUUCAGCCCUUGUGUGACAAAUCAAAUAAACAUUUGUAAUAAAGCUCUUUCUCUUGGCGUAACUGUGAAGAAAUGAAGCUUUUCUUUGUUUUUCAAGGUUCAACUGGUCGACAUGCAAUUGGUUCUAAGGGAAGGCCAGUCAGCCUACCUUACCAGAGUUGAAGAGGGACAAGAGGAAGACCGAUAG